AUGGCUUCCUUGUCACUCCUCGGCCUUAACCUGCGCCUCGCCGACAUCGACGAGAACCUCAAGUCUCACCCGGCCGCGCUUUCGUGGCCCGAUUCCAGCUUCUGUGGAAGUGCCGCAUCCGCGAACCACGAUCUGCUUGACGAUGCACCCUGCUUCGCCUACGCUGAAGUGUUUGAAAGCGGUGAUGUUUUCGAGGCCGUUUCCCCCGGCUCGGGCAUCUACCUCCCCAUUCACUCCUCGCCUGCUCCUCUACCGGCAUUCGCCGUCUCCAAGUGCCGCCUUUCCAAGACUAUUCGAAUAGAGGUCCGGAGCUUGACCCUGCUGCAGUCGCUCGCCAUCGCCAUGCCCUCACCCUUUGACUUCCAUUCCAUCCUUUCCAACUACACGACGCUCAAGUCCCACCUGCAACACCUCGAAACCAUUUCACCCUCCCAUCCAUCCACCGUUGAGCUUCGGUUACUCGUUCGCGAUCUUCUUCUCGACACCGCCCUGUAUGCGGGGAUCGGCACCGACAAAUAUCGAUCGAGCGGCCACCUGUCUCUCGGCCAGUUGCACGAUAUGCACCAACGCAGCGUCGACGCCGGCCUGGACGACCUCGACGCCUGCUUCUCUCUCGGCCUCCUCCCCGAUGUGCUGGACGACGCUUUUCUCGAGGCGUUGGCUUCCAGGUUCACCGAGCUGGCACUCGCCGGGGACAUGACCGCCUUGCAUGAUCUUUGCGAGCCCGUCGUCCGCUCUGGCGAAGUCGAGUGGCAGACGAACCCCGACCUACUCCUGGAGCUGCUCGACGGCGGACGGCUGGACAUCUACCGGUACGUUCUCGACCUCGCCUCGCGAACGAGGGACAAGCCUGCGGCCCAAAGCGGGCUGUCCCUGCGAGACAUCACGCACGACCCGCUCCACGUCGCCAUCCGCCUUGGCCAUGUCCAGCAAGUCGACAGCCUCCUCCAACAGCGCACGUCGUUCCUCGGUGUCCACCACGGCAAUUUGAUGGAAGACGGCAUCGAACACGUUGUUCUGACCCCUCUUUCUGCUGCCGUGUACUGGGGGCAAGCCGAAAUAGUUCGGUUGAUACUGUCCAGAAACGUCUUCCCCGACGGGCUGAGAGAAGCUGUUGCUAUGGCAGUCUCCAAAGCGGAUAACGCCAUCAUGGAAAUCAUGCUCUCCUUCGGUGUCAUGGACAUUUCAGAAACACUCGCGCCGGGCAAUAAUACGUUCGAAUCAUUCACAGACCUUAGCCUCCUGGACCAAGCAGGAGCUGGAGACGUCACUUCAGCACCGCCGCCGUCUGCUGUCCAGAGAGCAGAUUGUCAGAUUCGAGAUCGGGCGGCUACCGGUCCCGAGGAGCCCGUUCGGCGUAAACCUUCCCGAAACCGUCGUCGGGUCCUGGGACAGGGACUGGUGUCGUGUAUACACACGCUAUGCUCCCAGCUUCGUGACGUCUGUACCUGCUCUGACCACGCCGAGGUAAGAGACCUUGCUGGCCAAUAUGUCUCAGCGCACAAAGUAUGGGACCGUGGUCUGGCUGCCUUUCGUGGUCUGAUGCAAGACAGCCCGCCGUCGACUCUGGCAGAGGUUGUCGACUCACUUUUAGCAGCCAACGCCAUCUACCUAACUCUCCUUCCACACGACGAGACCCUCUUCUUCCAAUUCCUCAACGACCUCGACCGCUGGCGUUCAAUCCUGCCGGCUUCCUCGCAAUUCCUUUUUGACGAUCUAGCGCUCCGCAUGUGGGCAUACACUCCUUCGGGCGAAGUGCCGUCGGAACACGAACCGGACAAUCUCCUACACUUUGAGGACUUGGUAUAUAAUCUGAUACUGCUCGAGAAGCGCAAGGAAUCCGUGCCUUUGAGAACACCCACCUCUGGAAGCAGACUCGUCGCCGUUCAAAGAAUCUUUGAGAACCAGGAGACUCAUUCAGGCUCCAGCCGGGCCCAGACGAUCCCUAACAGCUCACAGUCGUGUCAGGGCUCCUCCUAUGCGAGGUCUUCUACACAGCGGGACGAACUAUCAUGGUCAGAAUUUCUACACAUGGAACACUUCGAGGGUAUGGCUUCGACGCAGGCGGGCCCAUCGUCGACUGAUGUUGGAGGCUGGGAAGACCUGCUGCCCGCCACGAUGCUGCUACUUGUCUCAGUGGCCUUUUCGAUUGUGCUCGCAUUUAUCUUGGAUCUUCAUUCUGUACCCGGGCGAUCUGCGGUUGGCAUCUUUGCCUCGACGUUGCCUGGCCACGCCCGUUGCUGCACGCUCGUGAUGGCAUAUCUCGAGACCCAUGGCAUCUCGGUCCGUUCUUCUCAUGUUAAUGCCGGUUCAGCAAGGCAACCGUUCGCGUCGCAGUCCUCUCCAUACGCAUCGGACGCAUUGAUCACUCCAUCGAGCAGCUUCUCAUCCCUGAGCACGCUUGGUGCGCGCCGGAACUUGUCUUCCUCCAGCAUCAGCAGCAUGGGAAGCGUCGCCACAUCGCCGGCCUCACGCUCAACCUCGCGCGAGCACCGGAACCGGGGAGACAGGCUCCCGUGCUUGACGCCGCAGUGCGCCAAGACGUUCUCGAGCGUCAGCAACCGCAACAAGCACCUCCGCGAGGGGUGCAACUUCACCCGGGAGAAGCGCCAGGGGUUCCGGUGCAGGAACGGGUCCUGCGGCAGGGUUUUGACGACCAAGUGGUACCGGGACACCCACGAGAGAGAACGGUGUCGUUUUCGCCGGGGUGAGUGA